AUGGACCAACAAAUGACCGUCGGGCCGCCAGACGAAUUUUGGAAAUGGUCCCGGUCAACGGGAUGGGAUCUCACUCGCAGAUCUUCGGGCCUCUCCACCGCUGAAGCAGCCAACCAGAGGAAUUUGCGCCUGCGUUGCGAAGUUAGUUGUGUGACUAUCGACCCUGUACGCAGCGCCCUUGUCAUAAUUGAUAUGCAGAACUACUCGAUGUCGAGCGCUUUGCUGGGAGAAGUUCCAGCACCAUACUGCCGUGCACAAAGCAAGUUGCUCGAGCUUGCGAUUCCUGCUGCACGUAAAGCCGGUAUUCAAAUCGUAUGGCUGAACUGGGGUUUGACGGAUGACGAUCUGCGCACCAUUGGACCUGGCAUCCUACGAGUCUUUGGUUGGCAGCGAGACAAUUCGUCCACUGGCGAUGAACACUGGUCCUCCGACCUAUCUCAAGACACGGAGAUUAGGUCGCAUACAGGUCUGGGGGAAGAUCUUGGUACUGUGACCGUAGAUGGAAAGCAGGUCGCAGCCGGCCGGGCCUUGAUGCGCGACUCCUGGAAUGCAGCGAUUCAUGGCCCACUGUUACAGGCUUACGAGGAUGGCCAGCGCCUAUCACCGCCGGAUGUACUGAUCCAUAAGACACGAAACUCCGGGUUAUGGGAUGACGCAUCGGAAUGCGCAAAGUUUCUUCGAACGCAAAACAAGCGAACUUUGCUCCUGGCCGGUAUGAACACCGACCAAUGUGUUCUGGGUACGUUGAUCGACGCCCAUGCAAGAAACUAUGAUACCAUCCUUCUGCGGGAUGCGUGCGCUACGGAUAGUCCGGACUUUGCUCAAAAAGCGGUGGAAUAUAACUGUGGCCGUAACCUGGGAUUCCUGUCGUCGUGUGCGGAGUUUGCUAAGUCAGUCCAGGACCUCGGUUUGUCUUGA